AUGGCUCAAGAACAACGCAGAAGCAGUGUCGAGUUGGACAUUAUCGUCGUGGGGGCUGGCCUGAGCGGCUUGGCUACAGCCAUAGGGGCCGCUUUAUCAGGGCACCGCGUGACCGUAUACGAGUCAGCCAAAGAGCUUCUCGAGGUUGGCGCUGGUCUGCAAGUAACACCAAACUCAACAAGAAUCCUACAGAAAUGGGGCUUGCCGGAUAAACUGUGGCAGUCUGCCGCAGAGCCCACUUCUCUUCUUGUUCAUAGAUACUCCGGUGAAGUUCUUGCCAUGGAAAAAGACUUCGACAAGAACAUUCGGCGGAAGUAUGGAGCUCCCUUUAUCGACCUUCACCGAGUCGAUAUGCAACUAUCACUUUUCGACCGUGCCAAGGAGCUUGGUGUUGAGUUUAAGCUCGGGCAGAAGAUCAAGUCUAUCGACUUUGAUAUUCCUGAGGUGACAUGUGAAUCAGGGCUCAAGGGGAAGGCGGACCUCAUUGUCGCAGCCGACGGUCUGUGGUCUCGGAGUCGGGCUUGCCUGCUGGGCAAAGAGGAUCCUCCACUGCCAACUGGCGACCUUGCAUACAGAGUCGUUCUGAAGCUUGACCAGAUCACAGAUCCCGAACUAAGAUUGUGGGUCAAGUAUCCUUCUUGCCACUUCUGGAUUGGACCUGGUGCACAUGCUGUAGGGUACUCCCUGAGGGCUGGCGAAAUGUACAAUAUCGUGCUUCUGGUGCCCGAUGACUUGCCCGCAGGUGUCAGCAAGCAAACUGGCUCAAUAGAGGAAAUGAAAGCACUCUUCAAGGGCUGGGAUCCCGUCUUGGGACGGUUCCUGGAUCUCGUCGACGGUGUUGAAAAGUGGAAACUGAUGCACAGAGAAGAACUCGAUUCAUGGGUCAAUGACAAGUCCAAUUUCGUCUUUGUUGGAGACGCCUGCCAUCCAAUGCUGCCCUAUCUAGCACAAGGCGCAAACUCGGCUAUCGAGGAUGGGGCUGUUCUGGGAGGACUCCUCGGUCACAUCGAAUCCAAAAGUCAGCUACCCAAGGCACUGAAGAUGUACGAGACGCUGCGGAAAGCCAGAGGGGAGGCAAUUGUCCGUGAAACUUUCAAGCAGCGCGCUGCGUUCCACAUGCCUGAUGGGCCGGAGCAAGAGGCCCGUGAUGAGAUUUUCCGACAAUACAUGGACGGCGAGAAACUCGACGGCUCCCUCCCGAGUCGAUGGACAUGCCCUGAAGUACAACCAUGGAUUUAUGGAUACGAUGCCUUCAAGGAGGUGGAGGAUGCGGUGCGUAAGAGCCCCUUUGCUGCUGUCGACCAGACUGAAGAUGCCUCCUGCACAAACUGGAGCCCACCUGUGAUUGGCCGAAUCGCUUCAUGGAUUAAGUCAAGGAUGGCCUGGGCAUCAUUAUAA